AUGGAAGCUGUUUCAUUUAAUUUCUCUUUAUUCCUCCCGUCUCUCGAUUCAUGCCGGAAAAUGGUUUCUGGCCGACGAAUGAAACGCCGUUCUCGCGUUCGUGUGUCGAAAAGAGAUGGGGAUUUCAGUUACGGUGGGAAACUCGUCGACGACAACAUGAUCGUUCUGAGAAAGCGAAUACGGGAGAUGAGCAUGGCGGAGGGUAGUUACGUGCCGCCCUCUGAUUGGAUGGAUUGGGAGAAGCAGUACUACAAAACUUACAAUUCUGAUGUCUGCGAAGCAAUGGGGAUUUUGCAGUCGGUGUUGAUGAAUACGAGGCCGAGCUUGGCUCUCGGAAUCUUCGUUCUUAUUGCGCUGAGCGUACCAACAUCGGCAGCUGUGAUUGUGUUUUGUUUAGUGGGGAGAGCUUUGGGGAUGGUAGCUGGGUUUGAUUAUUGGUAA